AAUGCAAUGACUCAGCAGCUACAGGAUGAAUUUGACAGUAGUGUGGAGAUUGCAGAAGCUUGGAUGAAGGCCAUCCAAGAGAGACUGAAGAUCAAUGACAACACCAAGGGACCUCGAUCUGCCCUAGAAGCCAGACUGAGAGAGUCUGAGAAAAUACGUGCAUUGGAACCAGAAGGCAGCUUGAAAAUUGACUUGAUUCAUGUGAAGGCAGAUGCAGCUCUUCGCAACAUUGGUGAGGAUAAGAAGCACGAGGUACUAUCUAAACUGAAAGACAUUAAAGCCUUGUGGGAAGAGACAGCCAUAUACAUUACUCAUUGUCACAGCCGUCUUGAGUGGGUCUGGCUGCACUGGAGUGAGUACCUGAAAGCCCAAGAUGAGUUCUAUGCAUGGAUUCACAACAUGAAGGUGACCUUGGAGCCUGACAUCGAGUUACAGCUUGGCUUAAAGGAGAAGCAGUGGCAGCUAAGCCAUGCUCAGGUUUUGCUGAAUGAUGUCUUACAUCAGUCAGUCCUGCUGGAAAGGCUGCUAGAGGAAGCUGCUUCCUUGUUCAGCAGAAUAGGUGACCCCAGUGUUGAUGAUGAAGUUCAGGAGAAAAUGAGGCUGGAAUAUGAAGGAAUCAGAGAAGAAGCUCAGCGCAGAGUGAACCUGCUUGAAAAGAUAACCAAGGAACAUGAGCUGUAUAGCACUAACGUCAACCAGUUUCAAUUGUGGCUGAAUGGUGUGACAGAAAGAUUAAACUGCUGCCUCAGAGAAGCAACCAAGUCUUCAGCACAGGACAAGUUAAAGACACUGAAGGAAAUUGCAAAAAAAAUUAGGAACGGUGGAAAGAAAUGGAAGUACCUUGAACAUCAGUGUGCAGAGGUGAUUCAGAAUACCUCCCCACUUGGAGCUCACAGACUGAAGGAUGAACUGGAAGAACUAAGAAAAGCCUUGGAGAAGCUGAAACUGCUGAGUAGUGAGGAGGAGGAGAGACUGCUUAAGAUCCAACAGUCAGAAAGUGCCUACAAGUCCCAAGCCAGACAAUUAAAAGCGGAUAUCCAGGACUUCAGACAAGAUCUAGAGAGACUAGAAAAUGACCUGGACUCUGGGGAAAAGGAAAACACUGAAGAUGGAUUUGUAACUCUGUGGAGAAAAUGCAAUGCAACGAGAGCAGCUCUGGCUGCAGAAGAGUCCAAAGUUGAGAGGCUGAAGGCUCAGCUUAAGGAACUGCUACGAUUUUCCCAAGAUGUGCAGCCACAUGCUGAGAGUGUUGUCUCUACAAUACAGCUGUAUCAAAGUGUUAGAGGCAAGACAUCUAAAAUGAGCAGUGAUACAGAAAUCCAACUGACAAGACUCUUCCAAAAUCCCCUGCAAGAUUUUGAGCAGUGGAAGCCAUCAGUCCAGAUGCUCCUGGAGGCUUCGGAGCCAGCGCUGGCUCACGUUGAGGCUGCUCUAGUUGAAAGCUCCCAAUUCAAAGAGAAGUUAAUGACAUUACAGCUGAAGAAAGAUUUGCUAAACAAUAUCCUUGGUGAAGAAAAAGCAAAGUCUUUCCUGCAAGAAGUAGCUGAAGCUUCAAAGGAGAGAGAAAUUCUACACAAAAGUCUGCUGCAAUGCAAGAGCAAACUCCAGAAUCUGAUAUCACAACAUAAAGACUUUGACGCUGGUUUCGCACCUUUGCAGAAGAAAUUAUCUACCAUCCAAGCCAAAUUAGAACUAGAGAAGGAACCACGGCCUGACCUCUUGGGUAAAAAGACACAACUCCAGAGGCUCCAGAUGAUCCAGGAUGACUUGGCAGAACUUUGGAUUCAAAUGGAGGAUGUAGAGAAGCUUGUUCAGUCAAAUACCACACACAGGCAUGAAAUGAACCAACUUUCAUCUGAUUCUCAGGCCCUGAAGAGAUCAUUAGAGGUGAUGAUACAGCAAAGUGAAGAGCAUGUUCAGAAGCAUUGGGCAUAUAAUGACAAACUAUCUGACCUCCAGCAGUGGAUCACAGCAACUGCAGAGAAGAUUGACUCCUACCAGGGUGCUGAUGGACAGCAGAACACCAAGGGCAGGGUGGCAGACCUUGAGAGAUGGCUAGCUGAGUUUCCAGAUAAGGAGAUCCAGCUGCACCUUGUGGAAGCUCAUGGCCAGCUGGUCAUGGAGAAUUCUUCCCCAGAGGAGAUUGCCCAUGUCCAGGCAGAGCUGGAUCAGCUGAAGAAGUCAUGGAGAUCACUGAAGGAGAUGGCAAAAGGUCUUCUCGAACAGAGGCAGUUAAACAGACCAGUAGCUGAUAAGAAGAAGAAAAUGGUAUUUGUGGACAGCAGACAGAUGUCUGGACCUGGCUUCCAUCUUUUAGAUGUAGAUCCCAAGCAUAAGCAGAGGAUAGAAGGGCAAAAUGCAAGCAGCCACUUGAAGCUCGUACGCAACUUUGAAGAGUGGUUACAAGGAGAAAACACCAAACUGACCAAAAUUCUUGCUGUGACUUCAUCUUCUACCGAGGAAAUUAAGGCACGCCAGAGCAAACUGGAGGAACUGCAGUCUCGUGUGCCUGAUGGUCAGCAUAUUUUUGAGGACCUUCUUCAUCUUCAUGCUGUAAUUGGACAUUCUGAAGAUCUGGAGGAUCUGCGUUACCAAUGGAUGCUCUACAAAUCUAAACUGAAAGAGUCCAUGAGUUCACCGGUAAGUUCCAGCACUGAAGGACCAGACAAAUUCAGAGAUAGGCGCUCUGGACGUGUGUGCUCCUUCCUGCAUCGAGUGUGCUGGGCAGCACUGCCACUGCAACUACUCCUCUUGCUCCUCCUGCUCCUGGCUGUCCUCCUGCCCCUUGCAGAGGAGACCCACAGCUGCACACUGGCCAACAACUUUGCUCGGUCCUUCAAGCUGAUGCUGAGACAUGAGGGCCCACCUCCAACCUAA